AUGAAACCGCUUAAGAAGCAUGCUGUGUCGUGUGAAGAAGACGUAUUCAAAGAUGCUCAGCUUCAAGAUUAUAUUGAAAAACAGAAUGCCUACUUUAAAGAGGUUGAUGAAUAUGAACUACCAGAAGAGGAGUUACAGGUUCUUUUGGUCGAAUAUGUUAGCAGGGAAGAUAGGAAGCUUGACAAAGUCAUGUAA